AUGCAGUUCGAUCCAGUGUCGAUAAAUCAAUCCUUGUGCAUCCUUACGUUUGUUGAAGAGGUCGACAGGAUGUGGUAUCCGACAUUCCGCUUCCCCCGUAUGAGCUGGAAUUGGGCGUCGUUCUUCUUCUAUCUCAACCAAUAUCUCAUUUUGUUCAGCCAUGGACCUGUCAUAAUGGAAUUUUUCUGGGCAACAUCAAAUCACCACGACAAAUUGCAAACGUCCGCCCUCUUUCAGAGCUUCCGAGCGUCAUCCUCCCCACUGACGCUCGCCCAGCUGCCAUGCCCUCCAAUCAUACCAUCAGUAUCUGGCGAUCGUCAUUCAAGUCAUCAUUUCCUAGUCUUGGCGCUGUUGGUUGGAUUGGCCAUCGGGGCCGUUGCAUUUGGUUGUUGGUCGGUUCUUAGCGGGAAGGAUCGUGUUUUAGAGACUGAUCAAGUCCUUCCUGUGGGGUGUGUUGCUCAACUGACCCAUAGCCAGGGGAUCCACAUUGGAGCUGCCUGGGGGGGCAUGCUGAUCUUCGACACUGUUGUUUUCGGCAUGACACUUCUGAAGUCCCUCACCCUCCGGUCAAAAGAGCAAGAUUUGAUUAGUGUACUGCUACGCGAUGGAGCCAUAUAUUUUAGGUGCAUCUUUCUCGGCGGUCCAUUCGGAGGGCCUUUUACGAGGGGUGUCGGCACAAUAUUUGUGAACAUCAUCUCGUCUGUGAUGAUUUCCCGACUCAUGCUGAACCUCCGCGAUCCCAAUCUGAUGCGGAAGGGCGAACCAGGCAUGGACUCCACUGCAGGUGUUUGUCCAAUCAUUUCUACCUUGGCCCACACAAACUAUUCUGGAUAUUCGAACGAUGGCUUGGUACCAACGGAUAUUUUCAAUGCAGCUAACGAAGUGGAUGAGGAAAAUAAUGGCUACCGGGGUCCUGGUCGACCCUCCACUAGCGUUCAAACCCACGCCGUUCGACUUGCUGUAAAUUAUCGGCUUUGA